UAACAUUAGUAAUCCAAUUCUCCAAUAAUGUCUACUGCUACUUCUAUGCCAAUCCUAACAUGUUCUCUUGUACUGCUAACCUCUUCUUUCCUAAUAAACUUUGCCAAUGGAGGUAGCUUCACCGAUGACAUCAGAAUCAGUUGGGGCAAUGGCAGAGGAAAGAUUCUCGACAACGGAAAGAUACUAACUCUAUCUCUGGACCAGUACUCUGGCUCUGGCUUCGAGUCUACACACGAGUAUCUCUAUGGCAGGCUUGAUGUCCAGAUCAAGCUUGUCGCUGGAAAUUCUGCAGGCACAGUCACCACAUUUUAUUUAUCAUCGAAAGGACCAGCGCACGACGAGAUUGAUUUUGAAUUCCUCGGGAAUGUGACUGGAGAGCCUUAUACUCUGCACACCAAUGUGUUUGCUCAGGGAAAGGGCGACCGAGAGCAGCAGUUUCACUUGUGGUUCGACCCCACCAAGGAUUUCCACACUUACUCCAUUCUUUGGAAUCCACAACAUGUUAUUUUCUUGGUGGAUAAUAUUCCGAUCAGAGAUUUCAAGAAUCACGAGUCAAGGGGGGUAUUCUUCCCAAAGAAACAACCAAUGAGGCUCUACUCGAGCUUGUGGAACGCAGAUGACUGGGCUACCCAGGGCGGGCUCGUGAAGACAGACUGGGCUCAGGCUCCCUUCACGGCCUACUAUAGGAACUUCAAUGCCAACGCUUGUGUAUGGAACGGGCGCUCAUCUAGCUGCUCUUCUGCAGACAAACCGAUGGGCUCAACUCCUUCAUCGUCAACCAAGGGAGAUUGGUACAGACAUGAGCUGGACUCUUACAGCUACAGGAGGAUGAGAUGGGUGCAGAGGAAAUACAUGGUCUACAACUACUGUGCUGAUAUCAAGAGGUCCCCUCGUGGACGUCCAAGAGAGUGCAGGCUCAGAUGAAGAUAAGCUAGAUUGCCUAUAGAAGAUGAAUUUGUACAUGAAUAUUGUUUCAAUUUGUGUAAAUUGUUCUUUUAUUCGUGUGGUUACGGCUUUGAAUUCUUUUAAGUUUCGUUAUUAAUUCGAGUGACCUUUGUCACUAGCCUUUGUCAUCCUGUAUUUAAUAAAAGUA